AAGCGCCUGCGCAGGGGCCGCUGCGGGCGCGGUGCUGCCGGCGAUGGCGCUCGGCGCGGGCGGGCGAGCGCUGCGGCUGCUGCGGGGCCGAGUGCCUCCCCCGCUGCCUCCCCCGCUGCGGCCCCCGGCGGCGGAACAGGCCCGGCUCGGCUCCUCGGGCCCCGCCGCGCUGAGGGCGCCGCGGGCGGCCGGCGCCGAGGAGGCGGGUGAAGAUGCUGAACUCAGUGGCAGAAAGAAGACAUUCACUGAAGUUCAAACAGAACGACUGGAGCAAGCAGAACGGACUAUUUUAAUUAAGUGCUCUCCAAAACUUAAUGAAAAAAAAUUAUUGCAGUAUUUAUCUAGUCAUGGAAACAUUAAGAGUCAUUUCUUUUUUGAAAAUCGUGGUAUCCAUGCUUUAAUAGAAUUUUCGGAAAAGGACAGUAUAGUCUCAUUGCAGGAUGCUAUUGGAAUCCCAAGUGCUGCACAGCAUCAUGUUGUCCCAUUUAAAUCUAGAGUUUUUACUUUUACGCUGAAAAACCCAGUGAGUCAAGCUGCUGAAGAGACACCACUUCACCUCUCUCCUCAGUCUCACAUUUCAGUGAAGGAGCUUAUUCAAAAGCUUUGUUGUGCAGACAGUGUAAGCAGUCAGAUGUACAUUCUACUGAAUGAGUAUCAGCUUACAGAAGAAAAUAUCAAGCUCCGAUUUCUGGCCUGUUCUCUGGUUCGAGAUUUCACACGUGCAUAUUUUCCAGACAGCACAGUGAAGCCAUUUGGUUCUUCAGUCAACACCUUUGGCAAAUUGGGAAGUGAUGUGGACAUGUUUUUGGACUUCCAUGACCUACAAAAGCAUGCUACAAAAAUGAAAAAAGGCCCCUUUGAAAUGGAGUAUCAGAUGAAAAGACUACCGUCUGAAAGAUUAGCAACUCAGAAAAUUCUUUCUGUGAUUGGUGAUUGCCUUGAUAAUUUUGGCCCUGGAUAUGUGAACGUACAGAAGAUACUCAAUGCUCGCUGCCCGCUGGUGAAAUUUUCCCAUCAGCCGACAGGAUUCCAGUGUGAUCUGUCUGUGAGCAACAGCAUUGCUAUAAGAAGUUCAGAACUCUUGUAUAUUUAUGGCAGUCUUGAUUCCCGUGUAAGAGCGCUGGUGUUCACUGUACGAUGUUGGGCCCGCGUACAUGGACUUACAAACAGUGUUCCUGGUAACUGGAUUACAAACUUCUCCCUGACCAUGAUGGUCAUGUUUUUUCUGCAAAAGAGAUCACCACCUAUCAUUCCAACACUAGACCAACUUAAAGAACUGGCAGAUGAAAAAGACAAGCAUAUAAUUGGAGGAUAUGAUUGCACAUUUGUUAGUGAUUUAAGCAAGAUUAAACCUUCAGAAAGUACAGAAACACUUGAUGUAUUGUUGGGUGAGUUUUUUGAAUAUUUUGGAAACUUUGAUUUCAGAAAGAAUUCUAUAAACCUUCGAAAGGGAAAGGAAGUCAAUAAACCUGAGUCGUCUCCUCUUUAUAUCUGGAAUCCCUUUGAACAAGACCUUAAUAUCAGCAAGAAUGUUAAUCAGCCACAGCUGGAGAAAUUUGUAGCUAUGGCCAGAGAAAGUGCCUGGAUUUUACAGAAGGAAGAUAAAACUCAGCGAGUGAUCAAUAAAGAGCCUUGGGGACUGGCAGCCCUACUGUUACCAUUUGGAAAAAGUAAUUCCAGCAAGAUGAAGAACAGGAUGAAAGGAAUAGGAAGUGAAACAAUCAGAAGCCUUUUGGACUCUUUAAAGUUAAAUAAUGCAAAAUCUACAAAAAGCAGUGGGAAAGUGACUUUCAGCACAGAAACACAGUAGCUGAUAUUCUGUUUUAGGAAUUGAAUGUGACGCACAGCCCAAAGAACGUUACUUUUAAUAUUUCUAUUAUGGUGAAAUGGAGAGUCAAAUGACCUCUGUUUCCCAUCACGAUGCUUUUUGUAUAAAUCUGCUUUCCUUCUGUACAUUUUUCUCCUUACUCUUCACUUUUCCAUCUGUUUUAUCAAUGAAGAGCGUUGAAAUGCAAGUUUUACAGAUACAUUUUGGAAGUCAAAUUCAGUUGGGCACUCUUUAAAAAAAGUAGAAAAAGACCAUCAAGAGCAUCAUGGAAAAAAAGGCUUUGGGAAUUCUGUUGGCUAACAUACAAAUGAUAUGCUAAGAAAAAGCUCAAGAAACAACCACCUUCCUGAAACCAGUUUGAAAAAUGAUUAAUAUGAGAACCAUUGCUUCCAUUCCAGUCAUUUUCUGGAAGCCAGUAAAACCAAAGUGCAUGUAUCUAUUUUUGCAAUUGUUUUCCAUUCAUGUAGAUAGUGCCAAGACAGAAUAAAGACAAUUAAAUUAGUUAGUAAGGUUUGUGGUUUCAUAAAGCAUUGCUCUCUGAAGGUAGUGCAAUUGUUUUGUGUUGGAAAAGCGGUUUUGCUCUUGCAUUUACUACCUGAUCUCAGAUUUCUUCAGAUGACUGUUGUUUUUUAUACCCAUAGGACUGUUUCCACCCACACUUGUAUGUACACUUACAUUUCUCAUUUGGCCUUCAGCUUCACUUCAAACCUGUAUUUCAGGUUCAGGCAGGGGCUUUUGCACGUCCUUCUUGCCUCAUCACUCCUCAGAGUGGCUGCCUACUACGUUGACACCAAAGCCUGCCUCUUACUAUCCCUUGCAGAGAUCCAUAGGGAAUCAUAUAUCGUGCUGGAGCCCUUUUCUGGUUCUUGCCGUGUUUUUCAAAUGUUUGGCAGAAUAGUGACUGUCCCCUUCCAGAUCAGUUGGGACAGCAAGAGUCAAUGCUUAAUUACUUAAAGCAUUGAAUUCUCUGUCCAUCUGCCUCAAAAGAGUGUGUUUUCAGAGGAAAGAAGAGAGGUGAUGGAAGGAAGGAAGUUGGCAGUGUCAGACAGAUUUUCAGGCACAUUUGUGAGUGUUCUACUUGCUCAGUUUGAGAGCCGCUUGUCCAUUAAAACUAAAUGGCAAUGGUGAUAACAACAGACUGUUGUCUUUAUUCUUGACAGAAAUGCCAGACAAGAAAUGACUAAUUCAGACAGUAUCAUACAGAUGCAACAUCAGUGAUAAUGAUUACUUACUGUUUCAUUUUCAGUAUUUUUAGGUUCUUUAAUGUUGCAGUAGUAUAUGGUUUUGUGUAGACUUUCUAAUGGUGUAAUCUGAACAGCUAAAAAUGUAUCUCUUUUUCCCUGAAGUAUUAUUUUUUGGAAAUACCAUUGGCAGUAGUGUGUAUUUCCAAAGUAUUUGUGAAAACUGAGCAAGGAAAAACAUUUUCCAGCAGUUGCAGCUUAAAGGGUUAGACCUUGAGUAGCAGGAAGACCCUCUUACACAUCAAUUCCAUGUUAGUUUAUUUGGAAUUUGAAUUAAUACUCAUGUCCAUUUCUGAUUUUAAAAUAUUUUCUUGAAUAAUGACUCACAGUCAUUAUCUUUAUCACAGGAAUUAGUUCUCAUCUUAACUUCUUCAAGAUUGAGCCUUGAAUUUCAAACUUAGUUUUAUACCCGAGUGCUGGUGCUAGCGUGUGAACUUCUUUUUGGAGAGUGGUAUGAAGUUUAUUGUAACUCGUUAGUGGUGCUAACCCAAAGCCUUUGACAGCAAGCUCGGUACUGGUGCUGUAAGGUGUCUAUUGCUACCUUAAUCUCGUAGAUCAUAGAAGUAGUUUUUUCUUCUGCUUCCCCAGUAGUAGACUUUAAAGCUUUUUGAAGAUUAGGGUAGUACUUGAGUACCUGUGAGGUUUGGGUUUUUUCCCAGCUAUACAAAAUGGGUAGUACUGCAGUGCAGUAAUAAGAAGGUGGCUUAUCAGGAACUGAAGUGUACCGCGGUGUGGCAGUGUAUACCUGCUUGCAUUAUAUUCACAGUGGUUCACUCUGACAUAGAUGGGAAAAAUUUUAUAAGAGUUUUGACAUGUAGAUGCAGGACACUUCUAGUCAAACCAAAUGAACUUUGUUACUCGGUUAUACAGCUGAUGUAUGCAGAAGCGCAUGCUUCAUUUUUACAUGUGUAUAGGCAUUCAAGCUGCUUUCUAUUCCUUAAAAGGCAGGGCAGAAUGUGGUUACUGUACACACAGCGCCUUUGAGAAUCACUUUUCUGUUUAGACUGCCUGUCCCUUUUGGGGGAAUAGUUCUGAACCCUUGUCAUCGCUGCAGGCCAAUUUCUGAAAAGAAAUGAAAGAAGCAAAAAGCAGCAUUGUAGCAAUGGAAAUGCACAGGUGAUUGAGAUGUCUGCAAGUCCAGGGAGCUGGAGGCCAGUCCCUGAGUGAAGCGUGGAAACUUCAAGGAGCAGCUGUCAUUGAUAUAAAUAAGCCCAACUGGCAGCUUUCAUAGAGGAGGCUGCUAAAUGGGGGUGGAGAACCAUGAGCUUCCCUAGAGCAUGAGCUGUAUGUGGGAGAAGAGCUGCACGAGACUGGUGAAGCCACCUGUGGGAAGGCAACCAGGCAGAGAAGAGGAGGACCCAAGAUUUCAGAAGGUGUAUUUAGCAAAUCAAGAGAUAUGGUGUGAUUAUAAUUUCCUGAAGGCAGCAGCCUUUUCACAUUGAAAAUGAUUAGGAACAACCAAUAUGGUUCUGUCAGUGAAAACAAGGGUUGGAUAUUUGUCAAGAAAGGAUUCUGGUAACAGUCUGGACUUGAGCGCUUGUUCAUAUCAUUCAAGAACAUAUAAACAAUGUCUUGGCAAGAGUGAGUGAGGCAGGAAGAUUGUCAGUUCCCAGACUUGGUGCCGAUAGGCUAAUAUUGUAGGGUAGGAUUGUUGAAAAGAACAUGCGUAAGGAAUAUUAGUGAAUUAAACACAUUUUCCCCCUCUCCCCCUUCCCCUCACAGGGAAGAUUUGUUUUUUAGUGUGGUCUCCCAUUCCCUGUCUUUUUACUGGUUAGGGCAACUGCGAACAUGCAGUUCCUUGCCCUGAAGAAAAUGCUCUUUGGGACAUUAAGUUAACAUUUGUUGCCAGGGACUUCUUUUUCUUUCUAGAUGUUUGAUGCUCACAGGCGUUGCAGGAAUGGGUUCUGCUGCAGUUGCCACUGCUCCAUCGUUCCUCUAGCUUCCUCAGAAUCUCUGGCCUCGGUCCGCAGUUAGCUGCUGGGUGAGCACCUCUAAUUCUCAUGGCCGAGACAGUCACAAAGUUGAGACUUCUUGGCUGCUGGCAGAUGCUGUGUUCUUCCACCGCAGUUUCCAAACUCUACAGUUCCUGCCUGGGAUUCUGUCCUUUGGACUUUAUCAAAGGUUGGGAGAGACCUCUGGACCUAGUGAAGCAUUCUGCUUGAGCAAGAUCAGCUGUGAGAUUAGACCAGGUUCCUCGGGGAUUUGUCUUGUUAGGCCUUGAAAGAGAGUUUCCAGCCUCGGCUGCUUUGGAGAGGUGAUGAAUCAACAAUCAGGAAGUUUUUCAAAGUGAAAUCAUCUUGUUCACUGGAAAGCUCUCUUUUCCAAAUGCGUUGCCUAGCUUAUCACAAAAUUACCACUAAGGUUGUCUUCUAGUACAAAAUUAUUCUGAAUGUCAUGGGUAGUCUGGGGUCAGUUUGUUUAAAACAAGGGUUAGGAUUUAUACAAGGCUACCUGGUGCUUGGAGAUAAAAUCUCUUCCUCCAUAAUUCCUAUGCAUUGAAAGUCUUGGUCCACUGCUUUUGUAGGCUUGUUUCUCAUAUUUCUGUAAGUAGAGGGGUUUGCUUCUUUUUGCAGAAUCUUUCUAUGCUUUUCCCCAUCCACAUUGUCUUUUCAUGAUUUCUCACUGACCUUAUCUGUAAAAAAUGCUAUUUCAUUUGGCCCGUAGUAGUUUGUGGAGCAGUAGCAAAUACACCUAUCAUUCAAGAAAUAGGUAGUUUUUAAAAUGUGUCUCUCGCAUCCAAUGCAAGUUUUUUUCAGCUGUUUAAUUUCUUGUGGAGAUUGAGUCUUCAUACUGCCUUUUCUGUAGCUCAUAGAGGGAUCCAUGAGCUGGACUGGAUGGGCCUCACUAAUACUGAACAUGUAUUUUUAGGAAGUAUAUUCAUUUCAGGGAUUUCAUUUCAGAUUUAAUAUAGUUUGCUGUAUUAGAAAGCUGAAGUUUCCUGCAAAAUUUUUGAUAGCGCCCCAUUAAAAUUAUUUGUUUUCCUUUGUUAUGGGGAAAACUGUGUUCAAUUUGUUUCACAGAAAGGCUUCAGAGAUCAGUUUUUGUUCCCAUGCUGCGCUCUUAUGUAUACAGAUUUGUAGUCAAUGUAAACAGUGCAGCCCUGCACAGGAAUCUUGCAUGGAACAACUCCCAGAAUGUGUCUUCUAGGUAUACUCGCAGCCCAAUGGGGGAGAUAAAAGCCCCAUGAAUUACUAAGGCAUAGCCACCCAUUUGUGUUGCUGACUCCAUGGGAUGGAACAAUUCCCGUAAUUCUGUAUUGCUUUUUCUCGUAAUGGACACAGGCAAACUUAUGUUUUCCUGCAGUGGAAUGGUACAUGUGUUAGAAGCUGUAUUGUUAGGUUGAAAAACAGUAUUAUUUAAAUGCCAUUUGAAUAUUUACAUCUUAAGUUUGAUUUUCUAAAGUCCUUCUCCAGGAGUUAUUGCUGGAGAUUUUCAGGAUGAGAGAAGGAACUGGGAAAAUACAUAAAGGCUUCACAUUUCAAGUAAUUAGAUAAAUCAUAGUUACUAUUAAUUAUCAAAAUUAAUUAUAUAUUGGAAAGUAAUAUAUGUAACAAGCCAGCAAUAACAAGAAACACUGCAUUGGCUCUCUGAAACAAUUUUCUUCCUUUAAUCUUCUGUAGUGCUCCCAAUGGUGUACCACUUUUAUAAAAGGAUGGGAUUUGUGAAAGUGUACUGAAUGGAAAUUACAAUAUCCAGUACAUGGGAGGGUGCAUGUUCAGCCACUGCAGUAAAUAACAAAGAAGCAUUACUGAUUCCAUCAUAAAAUGAGAUUCAGAGAUUUUGUGACUCCAAAAAUACAAUGUAGAGAGUUGUUCCGUGGAUCUUUAGGUGAUUCAUGCUUCUUCCAUUUUAAAAUGAUCUUUGGACACCUAUCAAAAGAGAGUUUGCUAUAACUCUGUGAUAGCUGAGCUUCAAAUUAAUGUCUAUUUAAAAUGACCAUGAUCUGUUUUUUUGAGACACUAAAGACCUCAGCUAUUAUGCAGUUAUGCACUAAAAUCCAUGUUUAAGUGAGUUGGCAUUGCAGUUGGCUUAAGAAUGUGGGAUAUUAUCACUUUGCACUACCCUGAAAAUGUAAAUGCUUACAGAUAGCAACAGACUUUCGCACUUCUCCCACUUAGGCUGUAUGAUUUUAGUUCCCCUUUUUACUGUAGGCAAUAUUUUCAAUCUUUGAAAUGUUUUGUAGCAAUUAGUUUUGUAUUUGGUAAAAUGAUAAGUGGUAAAGUAGAAGAUCUCCUCUGUAUUUGUUCAGUAAGUUGUUGUUCCAUUGUGCUGUUGAAGUAUUUGAUGAGAUAAAGUAUAAAAUACCUGAUGCUUUCCUUCCUCAGAUGGGGGCAGAGGUUUGUUGCAUACUGAUCACGUAAGUUAAUGCAGACUUGAUUCAGAGACACCUAGUCCAAAUUUCCUACACAUUUUUAGACCCCACUCACCAUUGCAGCAGAAGGCUAUAAAUAUUAACGACUGCCAGCUGCUCGCUCCCAGUAGGGAUGCUUUCCCCUGAAGUUAAUCGUUCUGAUUCAGUGGGAACCUUUCAUUGCCGAGCCGAUCCAGGGACUUGUGAAGCCUGACAAGGCAAAGAACAGUUAAUCAUCCCCAUGCCCCAUUCCCAGCAAGAUUUUUUUCCUCCUGACUCCAAUAACAGCAGGACCCAACCAUAAAAUUCUUAGAUAUAGAAAGAGCGAUCAAUGAUAUUAUAGCAAGGCUAUUUCUGUUCCUCAGAUUUGUGCAAUUUAUGUUGUUGCGGGGGAACAGGGACGUUUUUAUCUGACGUCUGUAUUCUGCUUUUCAAAAAAGAUUGAUGAAAUUAUGUUCUCCCCCCACCCCAGAGUUUAAUAAGCUAGAGCUUUCGGAGUUAUGCUUCACUUGCUCCCAUGUUUGUCCUGGCAAAGAGCAAAAUGUAAAGCUGAGGCUUUUUCUGCUGGAUGUUUUUCUUUUCUGUGAUAAACAUAAAAUAUGCAAUUGGUGUCUUGAGAGUAGUAGAUGCAA